GGUCUGACACUGUUUGAUAUCUGAGAUUGUUACCAGUCUGAGGCCAUUGGAGGACUGAGGCCAAAGAAGGUUUGAGACUGGUUAAGGUCAGAGAUUGUUGGACAUCCAGGCCAUUGAAGGUCUAAGACAUAUUAAGUUUCAGACUGUUGGUGGUCUGAGACCAUUGAAGGUCUAAGACUGUUGGACGUUUGAGGUCAUUGGCCGUCUGAGACUAUUGGAGGUCUGAAACUGUUUGAGGUCUGAGGUCAUUGUUUGUGGUCUGAGACUAUUGAAGGACUGAGGUUGUUUGCAGGUCUGAGGCCAUGGAAGGCUUGAGAUUGUAGGACGUCUGAGGCUGCCGGAGCCCUGACACCGUCGAAGGUCUCAGACUGUUGGACGUCUGAGACCCUGGAAGGAAGGGGCGAGGGCGCUUGGUGAGUUAGGCGGAGGGGCCGACGAGGUGGGCUGAGCCAGUGAGCGACUAACAGGAAGUUGAAGAGGUGCUUGAGUGUCAGUCAGUCUGAACACGGAGAUGAAGACGAUGAAGAUGAAGAUGGUGUUGCUUUUGUUCCUGCUGUCAAUCAUCUCAGCUGAAGAUUUUUCUCCUCCGUUCAUUCGUCUGAAUUCAGACCUGCUGCAGAACCGGUCCGAGGCGGUUUUGCCCGCCGGCUCCGCCUUCACCCUUAGUUGUCACGGCAACGCGUCGUUGCACUGGUCCAGAACGGCGUUCCGUUCUGCGUCGGAGGAGUGGCGCGGCGAGCUGAGGUUCCGGCCCGCCCGACCCCGACACACGGGAACGUACCGGUGCGCAUACACCAACCGCAGUCUGGAACACCUUCACGCCUCGGUGCACCUGUACAUCAAAGACCCGUUGGACCCAACCAGUGUCUUCGUCGCGCCUCACUUUACGCCCAGCGUCAGGGAGGGGGACGACUUCCUCUUCCGGUGUCUGCUGACCGACCCGUCCGUUACCAACCUAACCCUCCUACCGGAGGAGGACCGGGCCGGAGGGCGGGGCCGGGGUUUGCCCCCGGGCAUGAAUGUGAGCGCCGACCCUCGCCGAGGAGUCGUCAUACACAAAGUGGACAGGAGGUUCAACGGACGCUACGUCUGCGCCGCUUGGAACAACGAGACACGUGUCACGUCCAACACGCUACACCUCAUCGUCACGCCAAGACAGCGCCGUCCUCCUGAGGCGUCGGUGGAUCAGACAGAUUUUUUCCGGGUGGCGGGGGAAACCUUUGCGGUGACGUGUAUGACCGGUAACCCCUCCCUCAUCUACAGCGUCUCCUGGACGCACCCUGACGUAGAGGCUCCAAAUGUGACGCUGACCCGUCAUUAUACGAGCAACCGAUCUUCCAUGAACAGCACGCUGAUCGUUGCCUCUGUCAGCGGGAAGCACAGCGGACGCUACACGUGUACGGCGCGCAACGAGGCCGGCGACGCCACAGCCACGGCUCGGCUACGCGUCUUAGACGCUCCCUUCCUGACGGCCUGCCUGCAGCGCCAUACUAGCGCUCAAAGCAGCGCUAACGUGAGCGCAAGCGGCGUGGAGCCCAUUGGAGGGCUACAUGCUAAUGCUAGCGACUGGGAAGUGCUGGUUAACGUUAGCAUGGACACAAUGGAGGCUAACCGGGUUAGCAGCAGCAGCACGGCGGUGGACGUGCUCGAAGGUGGAGACGUUAUGUUGACCGUCGCCGUGGAAGCGUACCCGCCAAUCAGGAGCCUCGAAUGGACCACGCCGACAUCCGAGAACGACAGCGCGGCGCACACACAGAGCUACACGGCUAAUGGCUACAGGUCCCAAGCGAGCCUGCUGCUGCGACGCGUGCGUGACUUGGAGAAAGGUCGCUACGCCCUACGCUACGCCAACGCCCUCUUCAGCGGCUCCUUCAACUUUGACCUGCGAGUUCUUCGCUCUCCGAGCGCCGUCAUCACGGUGGAGAACGAUACCCUGACCUGCAGCGGCUCGGGUUUCCCGCCGCCCACCCUCCGGUGGUCGCGAUGCAGCGGCCUCGUCGACACCUGCGGCGACGUCUCGGUCGAUCGGCUUGAUGAGGUCACCGCGCGGGAGGGGCUGAAGAAACACCUGGCCCUCCCGCAGGCGCCGGAUGAUGACAUCACCAUCGAGUGCGUGUCCAUCAGCAGCGUGGGACGCUCGCGAGACGUCUUCUUCCUGCGUUCCGUAGGUUCCGGCGGCGGACGCGUGCUGACGGCGCCCCUGGCGGCCGCCUCGGUUGGCGCCACCCUGCUCCUCCUGCUCGUCAUCUUCCUCAUCUUCAGGAUCAGGCGGCGACCAAAGUACGAAAUCCGUUGGAAGAUCGUGGAGAGUUGCUAUGGUAACAACUACACCUUUGUGGACCCCAGCCUGCUGCCUUACAACAACCUCAAGUGGGAGUUUCCCCGAGACAAGCUGCGCCUGGGGGGCGUGUUGGGGUCGGGGGCUUUCGGGAAGGUCGUGGAGGCCACGGCCUACGGUCUCGGCAGCCGGGACGAAACCCGCGUCGCCGUCAAGAUGCUCAAACCGAGCGCUCACUCGGAGGAGCGAGAGGCGCUGAUGUGCGAGCUGAAGAUUCUCAGCCAUCUGGGUUACCACGACAACAUCGUCAACCUGCUGGGAGCCUGCACCCAAGGAGGGCCCGUGCUGAUGAUCACCGAGUACUGUUUCCACGGCGACCUGCUCAACUUCCUGCGCGAGCACGCUCACCACUUGGUGGCGGCCAUGUUGAAUACGGAGCCGGCGGAGCACGAAGCCAAGUAUUCCAACGUCCGACUCAGGAGUGACAGCGGGAUCUCGUGUUGUUCCGAAUAUCAAGAAAUGCAACCAAUGCUUUCACACUCAGGUGUACAGCGAAGCGCGCGUUUGUGUGUGAGUGACCUGAUGAGGUUUUCCUACCAGGUGGCUCAGGGGUUGGACUUUCUCUCGACACAAAACUGUAUCCACAGAGACGUGGCGGCGAGGAACGUGCUGCUGACCGACCGCCACGUGGCCAAAAUCUGCGACUUUGGCUUGGCGAGAGACAUCCGCAAUGACGACAGCUACAUCGUACAAGGAAACGUCAGUACAUAUGCGCACGCCGACUGCUGCGCAACAACUUCACAGCGAGCAUACGACAACUGCACGACAUCACCGAUGUACAAAAACAUCGACGAGCGGGGAGAAGACGAAGAGAGCGAGGAAGAGGAGGGCAGGGGCGGAGACUCGCUGAAGGGGGAGGAGCAAGAUGGCGGCCAGGAAGGCGAGGAGUCCAUAAAGAUGAUGCAGAUGACCAACAACAUCUACCAGCUUUCCUGA